AUGGAUCCUGCUUUGUGGGAAGUACGUGGUAUCGCACAAUUCGCUUUCUGGAGUGUCUUUACAAAUUUUCUCGACACCAAAGGAAAAUUAACGGAUGAGCAGAGAAAGGCAUGGAUGCAACUUGGUGAAACUUUCAAUGAUGAAUGCCAAUCCCAUCUGAAAGCGCUUGGACUUCCACAUAAUUAA